UCGAAAAGGGUGUAAUUCCGAAAAUUACUCAUUGAUUCAUUAUAUGACUUAAAAGUAAUUAAUUAAGUUUUUAAAAUGAAUACAUUGGAUAAACAAUUAGCCGAUUUACGAAUAUAUGCUAAUGAAUUGGACGCAAAGCUUCAAGAUGAUAUUAAUUCGGCUAAAAUAAAACCUUCUAUUCCGCCCAAAAAAAGUAAAGCGCCGCAGCCUCAAAUUCCACAAAGUUACACAGUAAAAUCAGCGUGCGAGCCAUCAUAUUCGUCAAGAUUAGAAUACGGAAGCCGGACAAGUUCUACGUAUUCAAAUUUAGUUCCCGUAAAGAGUUGCAUUGUGAGAAAUUCAUCGCGACUUCGCAGUGGUGAUGUACUUUUGUAUAGUAAUUUGUUGCCUCCGGGAGGUACGAACCAUGUUUACUCUAACAUUCCUAUGCAGCGAGCUUCGGACAGUAUCUACGGUGAUCGCGAUGCGAGAUCUGAAAUGUCGAGAAUAAGUGAUCUGGGUGCUCAGUCAAAUUACAGCGAGUUGCGCCGACCGGGGUCGGCUUAUCCGCCUUCUUCGGCGUCCGUUAAUGCUCAAGACUUCUCUACUUACGGUGGUUCACAAACAUCAUCAACUUAUGAGUCUUUAUAUGAGCCAAUAAAUCCGAGACCUUGUAGUCAAUUAUCAGGUACAUCAUUGUAUGGAGGAUAUGUGGGCACUGCUGAGCCUACUCCGGAACCCGACGAUGCACUUUACUGUGGAAACUGCUACCGUUGUGGGGAGAAAAUCAUGGGAGAAACUACUGGGUGUACCGCUAUGGAGAGAAUAUAUCACAUCAAAUGUUUCUGUUGUCAACAGUGUGGUAUUAAUUUACAGGGCCGCCCAUUCUAUGCUGUGCAAGGUAAAGCACUCUGUGAGAGAGACUACCUAGAUACAUUGGAGAAAUGUUGUGUGUGUGGUGACCCUAUCUUGGACAGAAUACUGCGAGCUACUGGAAAGCCAUAUCAUCCUCGUUGUUUUACUUGUGUCGUCUGCCAGAAGAGUCUUGAUGGUAUACCAUUCACUGUUGAUGCGGUUAACAGAAUUCACUGUAUCGAAGAUUUCCAUAAAAGAUACGCUCCCCGUUGUGCACGUUGUAGGGAACCUAUAGUGCCAGAAGGAGGCGCAGAAGAGACAGUGCGUAUUGUGGCGUUGGACAAGAGCUUUCACUUCGCGUGCUACGCGUGCGAGGACUGCGGCGCCUCGCUCUGCUCCAGGGAAGAGGGCAGAGGUUGCUAUCCGCUGGAUGGACAUUUAUACUGCAAGCAGUGUAAUGCAAGACGCAUUCAAGAUCUAUCAAGGAAUAUAAACUAAGUUGCCACCAAACUUCAGUGUUGCCAUUACACUCCAUCGCUUUAGUGGAAA